GUGUGAAUAGGGGAGAGAGCUCACAGCAGACGGACAAGAAUCUGGUUCUGUAACUUACUUGGAAAUAAAUUUUAUAUGAAGAAUAUAACAUAAUUGUAUUUUAAGUACCUCUACAUCAUCUUUGAAGUCGAUAAAAAUCAGAAUACAUAAAGUAACACUAUAUCAAUGCAAUGAAAUUCGUAAAGUUGUUCUCGAGGACUCAAAAAUCAACGACCUUACGGCCACAAAAUUGAUGUUGAUUAUGUAAUACUGCCUGAGGCCGGGAUAAUUCUUCCGACCAACCCCGAUAAACAUUCUCAGUCAAGAAUAUAUCCUCAACUUCAAGACUACCAUUUAUCCACCACCUACGCAUCCUCCUCUUCAAAAUGGGCGAUGUAAGUAUCUCUUGCAGUUGGCAAUUGUUUGGCACAUUUCACUAACGAGAUUUGCGAUUACAGUACCAUCCUUCCACAGGUGUCACAAACGUGGGAAAGGGACCUAUCUCUUACUCUACAUACAAAUCUCCCUAUGGACCCAAGUACGAUGCGCGAUUUCUCAUGGAAAGAAUGAGAUACUAAUUGGCCCGUAGAUAUAAGAUUCAACCAAACUUUGCUGGAUGGACUCCAAAGGCAGCUACUAGACUGUAGGUAGAGUUUCUUUGGUUGGGCGCGACGUCCCUACAUGAGCCAUCCAUAAAUCAGGACCAUGAUACUACACAUCUGCAUUGGGGAUCGAUCAAUUUUCAGGAUGGCAGAAUUGAGUUAUGAAUCUAGCUAAUAAUGGCAUGCAGUGGCCUUACUUUAGCAGGAUUUGGUGCUUCAGCCGGAUUCUUCGCCCUUUUCUUCUUCUCCGACAUCCCUAAAGUGCGAAAUGAUAUCAUGGUUGUAAGUUGGCACAUUAGCUAUCUCACGGUAUUAUUACUCAUGGUUAAACAGAAAAUCCCAAUUAUCGGUGACCGGUGGAGAAGGGAAGUUCCUGCAUCAGACAACGUACGUUUAUUUCUCCUCAUGCUACAUUAUUGGAAUUGGUAUCGGAGUUUUAGCUCGGAAUGAAAGUCCAUGUAGUGACGCAUCUGCUGGACUCUGGAAUUGCCGUCCACAUCUGAAAGACCCAAUGCUACUAGUGUACAUUGGUUGCUUCCUUCCGAAAUUCCCAUUUAUGGAACCGAGUUCUUGACUACAAUAUAAAACUCCACACCAGCUACACAUCAUUUACUCAUUCAUCAACUAAUACUGUUUCUCUAGCCUUUCUAGUGUUUCUGCAACUGUUGCUUGGGUAGACAGGGUGGAGUGAAGACAGAAAGUGCAUGGGAGACAAAAUACCAGACUGUACAAAAGAGAUUAUAUGAAAUAAACUUCACAUUCACACUCAUCCCAGUAUCUUCACAUCUCCAUUUACUACCCCAUGUAGCAUGUAUCGUUUAGAAUCAUGUAAGACA